AUGUUAGCACAAGUUUUAGUAUAUCUGUUGGUACUAAGUUUGGGUGCUAUUCAAGGGAAUGCACAGGAAUCGACUAGAACAAUAAAAGUAACAACUACAAUCACUACAAGAAUAUGCCCUUCUUGUGUUAUUAAGACAGUUUUGUCACCCUCAUCUAUUCCCCCUAAUAUACCCAACAUAGUAGAUCCGCCUCCCAUGAUACCUGAAGACCUACCUCCAACGAAGCCAGAAGAUCCGCCUCCACAUGCUGCUGAAGUAACAAUAACGGUCACAAUAACGGAAACUACUCGUACCACCAGAACUGAUUUGGAAACUUCAUUGACAACUUUAACUGAAGUCGAGACCACAGUGACCACUGAAACGAAAUUAACUACUGAGACAGCAACCGAGGUCACUACUGAACUAACUACGGAAACUAAGCUCACCACCGAAACAGAGACCGAGGUUGAGACCACAGUGACCACUGAAACGAAAUUAACUACUGAGACAGCAACCGAGGUCACUACUGAACUAACUACGGAAACUAAGCUCACCACCGAAACAGAGACCGAGGUUGAGACCACAGUGACCACUGAAACGAAAUUAACUACUGAGACAGCAACCGAGGUCACUACUGAACUAACUACGGAAACUAAACUCACCACAGAAGUUGAGGUGAUAACCGAAAUCCAAAUUGAUACACAAGUUACAACUAAGACCGAACUAACAACAAUAACACAACUUGCGACGAAGUUUACGACAACAACAACCAUAGAAGUUGAGACACUUUUAACCACGGAAACUAAGUUUAAAACGCAGACUGAGAUUGAAAUUAAAACCACACUGACAACAGAAACAAAAUCAACGACAGAAAUUCAAAAAACAACAGAGACGAUCACCAAUACUGCUAGUAUUACCGAAACAUAUAGCGAGACAAUAUACAUCACGUCUGUUACUCACACCACAGAUGUAGUAACACGGACGGACAUAACAUCUCGUACAAUAACUUCAUAUGUUAAUGAAACCAUCACAAAUAUCGUUUAUGAUACAAAGUAUCUAAGCGUCAAUAGCAUUGAUUACAGUAUUCUUUAUAUCACAUCCACAAUUAUUGAUCGUUCUACAACUACUACUACAGAAUUUGAAAAUCAAACGAUAACAGAAACCGAUUUUGAGACUGUAACUAAUACGGUCCAGAAAACGACUUUUAAAGAAGCAACCCACUAUACAACUAAAGAGGUUUUUAGUACUAUCACGGAGCUAAUUAGUCUCACUCUCUCUACAAUAGAAACGGUAAAAAUGACCGAUACGGCGACAGUAACUGUAACUGAUACAGCAUAUCUAAAUAUAACCUCUUUUAUUCAGUUGAACAAUACAACUUGGGUCACUGCUGUCGAAACUCAAACCAAAACGGAAACAGCUGUCGAAAGUAUACUAUCAACUUUAACAACUAAUGUAACAUUUACAUAUAACAGAACAGAGACUGUGUUAACAACUUUUACCGUGUUUGACAAUGAAUUCUUAGCUUGCCCUCCUGCCGUGUACACAGAUUGCGAAAACACACCAGACACAGUCACAACGACUACAACAGCUCAACGCACGUUAACAACAACUUCAACCUUGACGGUCUUGCCAGAAAGAUGCCGAUAUAACAGCACAUGGUCUAUUAGUGUGACUACACCACAUGCCAUUGAAUCAAUGAUAAUCACGACAGUUUAUAAAACGACCCUGCAACAGAACUUGGCAGCAACAAAUAUUUCCAUAAAUUCACCUUGGAAUAACGCCUCCAAUGAAAUACAUACGGGUAAGGACAGCGCCUUGGUUAGCAAUUAUAUCACUGUUACUACUGUCUUGCGAGAAACGGUGACACAUACCAUUAACGGAAACAUUUCGGUGCUAUCUACUAUCUCAGAGAAUGCUCCAAUAACGGUAACUAAGUACAUCAAGGAGACUGUACAUGCCACUGUAACUGGUAUUUCUAUGAUUCCUGUAGAACUUGAGGCUGGUCCACCUGAAAGUAUCUACGUAGGUUCAGCUAAGACAGUGACAAUUACUGAGCACAGUUGCCCUGUGACUGCAGUGAUUACACAGGCCAAGUCCACUGCUCCAAUCCCAUCAACUAAGACUGCUGUUGAGAAAUCGCCAGCAAGAGAAACCGUUGAGUCAGCAGGGGAGACAUCGACACCGGAUAGUGAAUCUGACCUACCAACCAGCCCCACUAUAGUGUCUCCGGUGGGAUCCUCGAGAACAGUAACCUCUUCCCACUCUGUGUCGAUAUUUGAAGGAGAAGCUACUACAUUAAAGUCGUUUUGGAGACUCAUACUGAUUAUAUUUACACUCGUUAUCCAUAUCUAA